AGUCCCUCCCCGCGUGCGGACGUCUAAACCUCCUUGAAAACUCCGCGUUUAUUUACAAAUAUGGCCACAUGGCGCGCUGACGUUUUACCGCCAAUUUAUUCAUAGUGAUGUCAAAUAUCAAUCUUGUUACAGCGGAUUAAAUUAAUCAAGUGUCGAGUGCAUAGAUUGAAAAGUAAAAUUAUGUUAUUUUUUCGUAUAAAGUGGUAAACUUUUGUGUUUUCGUUAUGUGCUGGAAUGCGUUUACCUUUAUGAUUUUGGAUUUCAAAGUUGUGCGAGUACAAAAUUUUGUGUGAGCGAUCAGUGGAAUGGCGGAGAAUGGCAAUACAUCGUUGGAGAUGGGCACCAGUGACCAGGUCCUGGUGGCCGCGAAAAGAAAGAAAAGGAUAACAUUUAUACUCGGUUUUGUGGCGAUGUUAGCAGUCAUAGCUGUCGUGGUGACUCUAGUCAUAGUACUGCCAACGGGAGAUGGCGGCACUUCUGACCCCAUCAUCUCCACAACCGAAGGAACAAGUGUACCGUCAAUAAUAACAACACCAUCUACUUCAACUACGCCCGAAGUUACUAUACCUACAGAAGCAACAACAGAAGGACCAACAACGACAACUGAAGAGCCGACUACUGAAGAGCCGACUACUGAAGAGCCGACUACUGAAGAUCCGACUACUGAAGAGCCGACUACUGAAGAGCCGACUACUGAAGAGCCGACUACUGAAGAGCCGACUACUGACGCAGUCACAGUUCCUCCAGAAACGAUAAUUGAUUUAGAAGAUAUUAUAGGAGAUACAUAUUCGCCACCUUCGUUCGAUGCCACUUGGGCAGAUGGUAGCGAUGUCGUUAUCAGGAAUGAGAAUGGUGAUUUAGUUCUUUUUGAUGUUGAGACCAACACAACAAAGUUGCUUCUUUCGAAUUCAUCUGAUAUAUUGCAGCGUUCAUCAAGAUCAGUGCUCUUAGCACCCAAUGAAGAAGAAGUAGCGUUGUCUUACGACGUUGUACCGCUUUACAGGCACAGUUUCCUCGCACAGUACGCUGUAGUCAACAUUACCACUGGCAACACCGUUCAGAUCUUGCCUCCAGGUGUUACCAGAAAUACGGACGGACUCCUUCAGAAUUUCGUUUGGGGCCCCUCUGGAACAUCGUUGGCCUUCGUUUACCUGAACAAUAUUUACUACCAGGCCAAUCUGUCUGUAGACCCAGUGCCGAUUACUACCACUGGCCAGGUCAAUGUCAUCUACCACGGCAUUCCUGACUGGGUUUACGAAGAGGAGGUGUUCUCAUCCAACAACGCACUCUGGUUCUCUGCCGACGGGACCAAGAUCGCGUACGCCUCGUUCAACGACACGGACGUGAGGGUCAUGAGAGUGCCGCACUAUGGCGUCCCCGGCAGUGUUCUGUAUCAGUACACGCAACAUCAUGAGAUUCGUUACCCUAAGUCUGGUACUACAAAUCCGAUAGCCAGUGUCACUAUCGUAGAUCUGGAAACUGGUGAGGAUACUACCUUCGAAGGCCCUGAGGAUCUCAACGAGCCAAUCUUGAAGCCUGUCCAUUUUGUGAGCAAUGACGUAAUCGCGCUGAUGUGGACUAACCGUGCCCAGACCACAUUCGUCGUGGAUCUGUGCACCCAUCUGGGCAACUGCUCACGGAUUUUCACGUAUACCGAAACGAAUGGAUGGAUCGACAACAUUCCACUUAUCUUCAACGAGCAAGGCAACGCCUUUAUUACGAUUUUACCGUUUGCUGUAGAUGGCGUGAGGUACAAGCAAGUGGUGCAGGUGUCGGAAGGCGCCGCGGGCGAGUUAUGGACUCUCCAGAACCGCGUCAACACCGCUCACACCGUCACUGGCAUCCUGAGAUGGACCUCCGAUAAUUCCAUUUGGUACAAAGCCACUCACGUCGACGACUCAGCGGAGCAGCACAUCUACAAGGUGGAGACCGCGGGCGCGCUCAGCUGCUUCACGUGCGCCGUGCGCGAGUGCGGCUACAACGACGGCGACCUCAACAGGGCCGGCGAUCUGCUCACCGUCAACUGCUUGGGACCUAAUAUUCCACAAGUCUUUAUUUAUAACACUUCUGGUGACCUAAUUCGUGUAUGGGCUGACAACACUCAGCUCACUGAAGUGGUAUCACCGUUGGUUCUUCCCGCCACAAUCCGUUUGUCCGUGCCUUCGCCCGAGGGUCUGCCAGAAAUCGAUGUCCUAAUUCAGGCGCCACCAGACUAUGCAACUCGUACUAAUGUUCCAUUAUUGGUUUACGUGUACGGAGGCCCGGACACGGCGCUGGUGACGGCGGAGUGGCUGCUGGACUGGGGCACGUCGCUGGUGAGCCGGUUCGGGGUCGCGGUCGCGAGGCUGGACGGCCGCGGCUCCGGGCUCAAGGGCGUUGACAACAUGUUCGCGCUCAACAGACGCCUCGGCUCCGUUGAGGUGGAAGACCAGAUCUAUGCUACAAGGUACCUUCACGAUACUUUGCCGUGGUUGGACAGAAAUCACUCGUGCAUCUGGGGCUGGUCGUACGGCGGGUACGCGGCGUCGCUGGCGCUCGCGCGCGGCGGCGGUGUGUUCCGGUGUGCUGCUGCGGUCGCUCCCGUGGUCGAUUGGCGGUUUUAUGAUACUAUAUACACAGAGCGAUACAUGGACACCCCCGCAAACAACACCGAAGGGUAUUUGGAGUCCUCUCUACUGACUGACGAUGUCGCGGAGGCGCUGCGCGACAAGCACUACUUCCUGAUCCACGGCACGGCCGACGACAACGUGCACUACCAGCACGCCAUGCUCAUCUCGCGGCUGCUGCAGCGGCGGGACGUCUACUUCACGCAGAUGAGCUACACCGACGAAGACCACGGUCUGGUGGGAGUGAGACCGCAUCUGUACCACGCCCUUGAAAAAUUCCUGUCAGAACAUUUGUGGUAAUAACGAUUUCGAAAGUGACAGCUGUAAAAGAUAUUGUAAAUCAUCGAUUUGUAAAUAGAACAAUGUCUAUUUUGUCUUGAGACAAAGUACAGUCGAACGCAUGUCAAGUUUAUUUUUUUCGAUUUAGAUUUUCCGUAGGUUGUUGUGCUGUCGACUGUACAUAUGUUGUAAUUUAUUGUUGACGAUCAAUUUAAAUCAUGGUAUUUAUUUCGACUACCUAAAGACUUGAAUUUCGAAAAGUUAAUUUAAAUAUGUGGUAGCAGAAAUGUUAUGUAUAUCCUAAGUUUGGAGUGCCAACAUGAAUAUAAGUAUAAAUGUAUAUAGUAUUAAAAAAAAAGAUUAGUCUCCUAUCCUCAUGUCUAGAGAAAAAAGAAAGAUAUAGAAGUACCAUGGUACUUAUUUAAUAUUUCUUUUUUAAUCCAAGUUGUACAUUACGAACAAAUGUAAUUUUAUUAAAAAAAAAAACUUAUUGUUACAAGCAAGUGGUCGAAUUAGAUUCAUAGUAAUAUUAUUAUCAAAACUAUAUUAAAGUCAUUAUUUAGUAACAAAGUAUUAUUUAUUUAUAUUAACUGUGUAUUAACUGGACCGCAACUUGAAAAUACAUGUCAAAAUUGACGUUCGACUUUUUGACAGCUUCUUAAAUAAAUCGGAAAUUUGACAUGUAUUUUGCAUGUUUUAAAUAUUCUUACAUGAACAAAGUAUUUUAUAUAUUUGACAAUGUUACCUGUGUUAGUGCAAUAAAAAGUUAUUUUAAAUUAAAUAAAUAUUUAUAAGCAUAAAACUGCAUUGUACAUAUUUUAAAUGACAAUUUAUGAACUUUAUGUUUUUAGAACUACUUUUCUAAUCGAUACUACAGGGUUACCAAUGAAAAAAAUCAGAGUUAAUGCUUUUAAAAGUAUUGUUUGAAUUGAAAGUACCAUAUAAUAUAGAAUUAAUUAUGUUGUAUAAAAAUAUGACAGAUAUUAAAUAUUUAUAUUUCAAUUUUUAAUGUACUUUAAGUACAGAGCCUCUAAAUAAA